AUGAAGCAUUUCCCAACAAAAAUUCUCAUCCGACACAUCCCACCAAAGAUGACGGAAGAAAAAUUUAUCGAAAUGAUUCAGCCCCUUCCCGACUAUGACUACUUCCGUUUCUGUCCGCCAGAUCCCACACUGGGCUUACAGUCAUACUGCCGUGCAUACCUAAACUUUUUGGAUCCACAAUCGGUGUUUAUCUUUCGCGAGCGUUUCAGCGACUAUGUUUUUGUGGACGAAGAGGUUGGUCUUUCAACUAUUUUACGUCUUGACAUGCAGUACUUUACACUAAAAAAAUAUAUAUAACCUGUACUCGAAUAUGAAUAAACAAAGCCAACCGUCGCCUGUAUUAUCAGCAGCCUCAAGGGUCCUUAAAGGGUCACUGGUUUCGAACCUAUUACUGUCUUUAGGGACAAAAUACACUACUAGCCUCCGUCCAGGCUGUUCGGCCGACGCACACGGCGAUGUCCACUAUGUGCCGCACGGCGCAGGACGGUGGCUUUCGUGUAAAUUAGUUUACAAUGAGGCAGACUCGUGCGCACUUACCAGACUCCAAUGGUCAUCCAGAGACGGGCUCGGACGCAGUGACUGACAAAGUUAAACGAUCUGCCUACGCGUCCCCGCAGAGUAUACUAUGUUUCCACGAGGGUAGCUCGCAUCUCACAUACUUGAGAGUGCCACAGGGGCCGUAUUAAGAAGGAGCCGCUGAACCUGACUCUGCCUUGAGAGGACCGAGUUAUCCCAUCGGUUGGCAUCCUUCCAGGGCACAACUUUUGGCUUGUCGUGAUAAAUUUACUAUAACCAAGAAUGCGCUGAUAUGCCGUCGGGAUGGAUCCCCUAGUGCCGACCUCACUUCUCCCCCCCCCCACUCGUGCAUCAGUUGGCUUCCCGAGCCGAUCAGUCAUCUUGUGCUGGGAUUAGGUGGAGUGGUUGGCGCGGCCUGAAGCGUGCGCCUAGGCGUGCCACAACAUCUCCCUCAUCCCAUGCACGGCAGUAAUUAUGGGCUCAUGUGGACCUUGCGCUGCCUAACGCGUGUCGUAAGGCAGUCUGGCCUCCGUUUUGUUCCAAUGAAUCGGUAGCGUGACUUGUUUCUGGGCCAGGGGCAAGACGCUAGCGUGGAAGACCAUCCUGCAAACCAAGCCUUAGUGCAGUGCCCACUCAGGGCGCUGUCUCGUUAUCCUGGCCCGGACAGAAUCUUCAUGCAUACGUUUGUUUUUCGAUGUAAAUUUUAAAAUCAACAUCCCAUCCAGGGUGAUCAAAAUCGUCCUUUGCUUCGCGGCAGGGUGAACUCUUCUCAAGACAUUUUGUUCCUAACGUGUUAAAUUCUUUCCACAGGUAAAAUUUGCCCUCGAAAAUAUAUUAUGACGUAAAGGGCAGUCAGGGCUCGACAAAAAAAUCUACCACGAACAGUGGACGUUCUCCUUUUUAAGUAGGUCCCUUUCCUCUGUAGUUCCGGUCUGCAACACUAGUACGUGCGAAAGUAUGAACAUGUUGCCAUGCAUUGGACUUCCGUUACCCCGUUUGGAAAGAUUGUGGCGGUCAAGGAUGUGAGAUCAACUUAAACCACGCACAAUAAGUUCGUUUCGUCUACUGUCAGAAGUCAAGGAGCUGUGAGGACUAGUUUAUUCUGUACACAGGACGUAGUUGCAGUCUCCAUCGUUGCAACAUAUUUGGUAGACAACUGCUGAGCUUUCAACUGGUGGCAGUGUGACAUUGGAUUGCAUAAAACGGCAUGGAAUUGUUGCCUAGGGUCAAUGGGCGAUGCCUGCUCUGGCGAGUUUUAACAGUCCUCUGUAGUAGACAAGCCCUGCAGAUAGCCAACGAACCUAUGGCGGCUUAAAAUUCUCAGAAACAGUAAACGAUAUCACAGAAAAAUUAAGUACAAACAAUUACGAACAUCGCUAUCUUUCAGGCGACUUCACUGCAUUGAAUAGUACGUGACCAGAUCACAUCGUUUUAUGCACACCGAGGGCCAAAGUAGUGUGGCGGUCAAGGAUGUGAGCUCAACUAAAACAACACACGAUAAGUUAGUUUCGUAUACUGUCAGAAGUCAAGGAGCUGUGAGGACUAGCUCAUUCUGUACACAGGGCAGGUUGCCGUAAGUUGGCGGUUUGCUUGCAACAGAGAAAAGUGUCCGUUCACGGAGAGCGUCAGUCACGGUGUGUUUUGUUAACGCGAGUGUGUGUGUGUGUGUGUGUAAGUUAACAGGAUCGCAUCGCAUGGGUCUAUUCGGCCACAUGCGCAUCCACGAGAGCGGCAUUGACCGCAAUUCCGAUACAGCCACGACAUCCAACACGCCCAGUCCCAUCCUCGCCCCACCGUCACACGCGCCGACCACCACCACCGCCACCACCAACACCACUGCUUCCUCUACAGCUGACACCGACACCGCCGACCUCUCAUGCCCACAUUGUCCACGCACCUUCACCUCACGCAUCGGCCUGGUCGGUCACUUGCGAAUCCAUCGCACAGAGACUGGCGAACCAGUGCCUGGAGCACCAACCUACACCCACCGCACUCGCCUCCACUGCCCACACUGCCCUCGCACCUUCACGCAUCGCAUGGGUCUAUUCGGCCACAUGCGCAUCCACAACGACCUGCGGCAGACAACCGCCGGUCACACCACACAUUCCCUCACCCCCUACCUCCUAACAUCAUCACCCCACUAGACGUCAACCCUCACACACCUCAUGCACUCAACUGCCGCCUCCCACGCAAGUGGGAAGUGUGCAUCUCGACUCGGUCCCCAUGCGGCCUCGGCUGCAUGAGUGACUUGAGUCCGAGACUAUCCCGACACGUCAAGUGUCGUGGAUAGGAAGGUUGCUGAUUGACGCCCGUUCUCGGUUCACGCAGUUCGUCACGUUGUGUGUGUGUGUGUUGUGUAGUGGCGGACUGGUGGGCUGGGGACGGGCUGAAGCAGCACCUUCCACGGCCCUCUCACGCAUGUGAGAGACACGCCGUUCAACCCCCGUUGUGUGAAAUCCUGGUGUUUGUGUUUGUAUGGGGGCCAGGUCGUGCUGUGGCGCGCGCAGGCAUGGUCAGUCGACCAUGUCAGCCACCGCUCCCAUUCCCCACUCCAGUCUACUGACCGGCUCGGACAGUGGCUGGGGUGUGGGAAUGGGAAGGGAGAGUGAGGUCGACGACUCAGCGCAUUUUCCUCACUAUAAACAAUCUGACGCGCUUGAAGCUAUCACGGUGCGCUAAAAGCCGUGGCUUGGAAGGUUGCCAACUGACGGGGUACCUUGGACCUCCUCUCUCACGGGAGGCGGUCUGAGAGUAAGGCUGCAAUGGCUCCUUUUUAAUGUGGCCUUUAUGGCAUUUCCACCACAGUGUGGGAUCCGAGCCAGGCGUUGGCGGCACGCCCAGGUGCGGCUUCGGCCGUGCCAGCCUCCAAAUCUAUGUUGUGUUGGUUCAAAUCCUGGUUAUUGUUGUGUGGACCAGGGGGUGUGGCGGAACGCCAAGGUGAGGAUCCGUCCGAGCCAUCCACCUGCGGCCUCCCUCGUCUCCGAUCUUCUUAACUCUGUCUUGACACCGGGCCCAGGCGGGGGAGGAGGAGAGAGUGUAGGUAGGUGCUACGCAAGUCUACUGGCACUAUAAACCCCUGCGUAAGUCACCGUCCCUGCUCCCACCGCUGCUGCAGCUGUGGGGCACACGGUGGACAUCGUCGAAAUCGACGGUCGAACUGUCAACAGGAGGGGGUGACUGUCUGCGUGGUGGUCGUGUGAUUGGACUAGUUAGGGGACGUAUGGAGGGCGCAUACUCACAAGGCUUUGCGGGAAUCAAUCCAAAGCGUUCGACGCGCGUUAGGCGAUACUAGUUUUUGAGUGCAGCCGGGGUUCACUGCAGCUGGACCGGAGGUGUCCCAGUCCUAGCCGGCGGGGGUGGUCGUGCGUCAGCGGCCUGUCAGCGCUUAUCGCGGUCAUCGACCGACAAAACGGAGCCGGAGAAAAGGGGGGCUGGAGCGGCUGCUACAAGAUUGACUUCACAUAAAGCCUGAACUCUUCCAUGCCAUCGACUUAUCUGCGACAAGCUGGCACCUUCGUGGCAUCCCCUUCCCGACUCGUCACCUUGCGACCGAGUUUGAAAGUUUUAAUCUGAAUCCGAAGUUAAAUGCCGCAACUAAGUAAGUUGCCUGUUCUUCAUUGCCUAGGUGAUGUGAAGGAGUUCGCAGUCGGGUGUUGCAACACGUCGCAGUGUCGUCCUUUUUCUUGGAAAACCGGCCUAAGCUCUGUACUCGUUUCUUUCUGGUCUGCAAUGCCUGACAACGUGGCGUAUUUCAGGAGCAACUGUUAUUUGACAGCCACAUUGAAUGCCGACGUAUACAAGAUAGUAAUUUGACUCUGGCUCUGCUUGGCGCCAAGUCCACAUCCUUGUUUCCAAGAAACUGUGCACGCUACCGCGGCCGUACCCCGGGCAGUACAUUCGGCUGGGGACCAAAACAGGCGAAGGUAGUCCGUAUGUCCUUCUAACGCCAACGGCUUUGCUUAUGAAGCCCCGAUAUCUAGUAAGAAAGGAGCCAGCUUACUUAUCCACCUGUAACGGCGUUUAUAAUAACCGAAUUAGCCGACUCCACGUUGAACAUUCACCACACGAACGAUCGUUCUCCGCUGCGGUCGGCCGACUUGGUACUUAGUACAACUGUGAUCAUACCUGAUCUAGCCGGCCUCGAUGUUGACCCGAACUGUACUUCUCCACGCGUGACGAUCCGCGGCAGCAGACCUGGACAGUGUAACCUAAUCUCUUUGCCACCACCAGAGGCCGAAUACCGAAGGUCCAAGAACCACCUCCAUGUCUUAACGGACUCUGUUGAGCCAGGUUUUGAAUUGACACCCGUGUUGAUGCCUCCAAUGGGGUAACGGUGCGGGAUCGGGGGCUGUAACACUAAGCUCCUGGAGUGGAUGACGAAGAACAUGCCCAAAGCAUCUCAAUCGUCUUUCAUGGAUGGCCUAGAUUAUCCUUGCGAUAUUGUCGCAGCAAGUGCGGACUGUCUCAUUUGAGACGAAGUCGGUGUACUUCACCCGAAGGAUGGUCCUCAAGCAGUGGUGGUCAAAUAACUCCGAUUUUUGCUCGUCCUCCAAGCGCACAGCCCAGCAUUUACAACCAUAGAAAUGGAUGGACCGGACGGAUGCACGGUACACGCGAAUCUUAGUGGCGAUGGAGAUGUCGCAUCAGAUCCAUACGUAUUUUCUGAGGCUUAAGAAAACCGGGUGGGCAGCAUUAAUUCUGUCAACGGCAGAUUCCUGAUCAAAUUUUGACCAGUUUAUACGCCACCCCUAAGACCACAAUGCCAGAGAUACGCUCGAAUUCAAUGGUCAUUGCGUCCCCCACGUCACCAGCUGAUCCCCUUGACACCGUCUUUAAAUGGAGCUGAGUGUACAUUUAGAUGACGCCUUGAGCAAUAUUCCCAUCAAGGCGGUGAAGUGUAUGACCGGAACGACUCAUUUGGCAGGUAGAGACCAUGCAGUCGACCGAAUUUGUUUUUGAACAUCUGCACGGUCGCUCGACAAAGACACGAUCAGGGUAACAAACUCAGGGACCAAGUGAAAGCGUCAUCCAUCGAAUACAUACGGGCCAAUAACCUGAGUAUGUACCCGAAGAUUUGUAUUCCAAUUGGUCUCACGCCAAUUUUCCGUGGUUUUAAAGAAGUCUGAAGAAAACCCGUCAUUUGGUGAGCGGGUGGUCGAUUUCACCCGUAACUUGCUCGUUUGAUAGGAAGCUCGACCUAAGGCCGCAGUAACUGCGCCAGUCCAAGACCUCAACCGUCUGCCUUUACCGGGCUGGUAGGCGGAAUGAUGUUAACUUAUCCGGUGAAAGAGCAAUUAAUGAUGAUCAUAUCCCCAUUAAAAAACCCUGCCUGUGAGUGACGCAUCAAGCGGAGGCUAUUGAGAACAGUAUGGAAGACUUACACUGCAGAUUAGCAGUGCUCUGUCAUGCUAACUCAUUUUCUUGACCAAAUUCUAUCACACUAACUCAUGCCCUGUUUCUCGUUUUCCGUUUCGUCAAUUGUAAGAUAAAUAAAGUCCCAUUCUAGGGUACCCAUUCGUCCUAUUUUUUCAUGCUAUCUCACUCGCCCGAUUGUGGCCAUCCUGAUUACAACACGCUUCAUUCUUUGCUUCACAAGUUUUGAUCGCAAAGUCAGCCGGUCAUCCACCAUUGUGGUCUCACUAGAGUUUUUGUUAUUCUUCAUUUUGGUUGUGGUCUCGAGGGUCUCCCGGUAGAAUCUGCACAGCAAUACUCGGGCGUCUUUAACCUGGACAGCAACUAAGUGGGUCACGCCGGUCGGGUUCAGAGUUUGUUUUGAGUAUCCUUUUUUACCUGGAGUGCGGUGUCCGACGUCGGUUCUGUCGACGCACCAUGGGCCGCCUCUAACCGGUGAGGCAGACUGAGUCCUUAAAGUCCGGUCCAGCGUCCUCGUGUACAACCAUCAGUGGAAGCAUGUUCGAGGUCCUGUGCCAUUUUAAUCUGGCGUUCGGUGCUCUUGCCACCCAGGGACCUCAAGUUCAUUCGGAUUGUCUUUUUGACUUACUGAUGCUAUUACCACUUCUCUGACCUUUUUCCUCUCACCCCCCUCCCCCCCCUCAAAUCCAGGGUAAUGAGGCCAGUGCCAUCGUGGAGUACGCGGUAUUCCAGGGCACUCCAAGUGUUCCCAGUGGAGACUCGACCCGUGCUGCCAAGCGAGUGGACAAGCGACAGGGCACAAUCGAUGAAGAUCCGGAGUACCGGAGCUUCCUCACAAGCCUGGCCGGCACAACAACGGCGACAACAGCAACAACUACUGCGUCGACGGCAACGAUGAAGUCCACUACCACUACAACUACCACCACCGCCGUCAGUAGUGCCGUUACUACAUCUGCUCCCAUUGCAUCUACGACCAACCCUGUCAAAUCGGAGAGCACAGAGAGGAAGCAGACUCCCUGGGAGGCCAUGUUGGAGACAAUAAAACAACGCGAGGAAGCAUCUGAAGCGGUAAGCGCCACCAUUUUGAUCGUUUUACGUCCUACUGCUUUGAUGUGUGCUAUCAGGAACGUUUGGAGCAUGCGUCCAACACCUUCAUCUUCCUGCCCAAUUCAUUUAUCCCUUCGCCUCCAGAUCUUUAAACCUCCACAAACCACCACCACCACCACCACCACCACCACCACCACCACCACCACCACCACCACCACCACCACCACCACCACAAUUACCAUUGCUCCUAUCACCACUAAUGCUACAAUCAGCAUAUUUUAUCGUCGUCUUUUUACCCUUGUAUUCGAUAGGACUUUGAUCUUGUCUGUACUAGCCAGCUCGAAGACUAUCACGAAUGGUCUCUGCCCACGCUCGACGAUCACCGGCAGCGGAUCUGGAGUGGUCAACCGACUCAUAGGUCUGCCUGCUUGGGCUCAUCCAGGUAGACAGCGACUUAUGACCAACGACUGUUACACUUGACUCACGGGCAGACGACGAAGAGCGUGGCCAAACCGCCUUGUAUGCUUUAAGAUGUCGUCCGUAGUCUAUCUGUUUGACAAUGAGUUGAGGCAGAGGCAUUUGGAAUUGUCGUUUUCUGGCCGACAACCAUUACUCACCAGGGAAGCCUUCUUAUGCUCGGGGGUACGACUUGAGAUAACUUUGGUUCUUCUGCGCAAAUGGAUAAAUCUAUUGACCUGACUAACUCCUUCAGCCUCGACACCACAUUAUGUACGUCAGUAUAUCUUGACACUAUCAGGAAGAUAACGUUAUUGUAGCCGAGGAUGGCUUGCCGACUUCUUUUUGCAAAUUUCACAUACUCAAAUCUGAACAGACAGCAAAGUAAAUAAAUGGGAUGGGCAACAAGAUGCGACCCUGUUGUACACCAGACUGAUUUUUAAACAUUUAGGAGAGAUUGUUGCAGACGAGACCUCGGGAGGCGACGGAGCGAUACCAGGAGUUAAUCACAACGACUAUUGUAGUCAGUGUAUUAUUUGGCUCCUUAAUCCGCCACAGGGAUCGUCGAUGGACGGUAUAAAAAGUCGCGACUAAGUCAACAGGGCAGACGAUUGUCAGUUGCUGAUAUCCAUGCCAGCGCUCUACCCUGACAAACGACUAACCUGACAAAUCAGCUGACAGAGGCUUGAAGUGUCACCCGACGUUCUUGGUAUGCUCUGUGGAAGUGUCCAAUUCAGCAGGAUAAUUUCUGUCGUCAUUACUAACUGGUCCUUCACAGCUCUCCUGAAAUGACAGUAUGAAUGCGCACUCGAGCUGUCUGAGCAGACAGCUAUAAGGUUCUUAAGUGAAUCCAGUUACUGCGGUGCUGCCGAGUGAAUUCAAUAAUUCCAUCCAUUGUCGCGCCAACUGAGAAUUUUAACUGUUACCAUCUGCCGCCUCAUUCUCUUUUGACUCUCGCUGCAUAAGAACACUGGGUGUCUCUGUUCAGGUCCUCGACUAUAUUGGGUUGUCGUAAGUUCGUUAUGUCAGUGCGUUUCGUUGCGAGGCACUUUGGGCAUACGGAAUAAGUGGACUUGCGGGCAUGCACUGAUGAGAACAUGAUCUGAGACGUAAGCGUGGUCAGGUUCGGCACCACGCGUCGAUCUGCUGUUUCAGCCGCGAUUUGGUUGGCUCUAUAACGAUUUUCUGAAUACAUGGGGUGACAGGUGUUGGUGGCUGGAUGACCACUAAAGCGGUUGUUUGAAGAGUCGCCUGGCCCACCCCAACCACUUCAGACCCUGGCAGCAACUAACUAAUCACACCAGAAUACUUUUGCAGAUGGAUCUUGCAGUCGUAAGAUGGUUUAUUUGUCGCACUGGCCGACAGUUGGUGUUGCUGCGUAUAGAGACACGACAGAGACGUCGACAAAGAGCUUCAGUCGUAUGUGAGACAGCCGGUCAUUAACUAAUUACCACGCAAGCUAUGCGUGACUUGGUUUUUGCGAAAAGACGAUCCUGCACAUCGCGUCCGCCAGAAGGGUCUCUUGGGCUGCUGCAAUAUAGCAUGAGGUGAAAUUCAGUCCCCAAGGUCUUGAUUUCCCGCAAACAGAAGUCUGGCAUGUGGACAGCAGAAAACGCCAGGCAUCCACUUUGCAUUGACUAAGAUCACCUGCCUUCUGACUCAGUGUUCCGGAGUUCAGGAACGUCCGCACAUACCAACAUCCAGUAUCAAGUGUCCGUUUCUGAUUGGCGGGUAUAGGUAGCGUGAUGCUUGCCCGCUGCAGGGAACCAGGGUUGCGGAACCCUUCGGUUCCCCGCGGAUAUCAUGAUACUUGAACCAGACAUUUUAGCGAGGUUUCUCGGUAAUUUUGACUACAGGCAGGUUCCCGAGAGCGCCUGGGAUUGCUCGGUGUUGUCCCAAGGCAUUGGCGGUAAGGCAGCCUAUGUGUGUCACCUCACGGUUGCUGUGUCAUCGGGCUUCUGGGCAUUGUAUAAAACAGUCAGUUUGCCAGACCUGCAUCCUCAGCGUCCUGGCAGCCUCGUCACUGUUGAUCCGCGACCGUAUAUUCGUCGGGCUGGAGAGCCUACUGAAGGCUGCUCCGCUUUCCGCUACUCAUGGACGCGCCGCAAAGCCAGCAGCUGGGUUCACGGGCGAAUUCGUCUUCGCAGCAAUCCACCCCACUGACUACAGUUUGAUGGAAGUUCAGCUCAGUUUAGUGGGAGAGCGAGGGUUAAGUGGGAACCCCUGAAUAACUGAGGAACAUGUGAAAACUGGCGGAAAACAGAGGAAAUUGUAAAUGUUUGUGUAAAGUAAGCACAAAUUUAAGCACAAGGCCUAAGGAAGGCGCUCAGUCAUUCAAUAUGUAGUUUUAUCUCGGAACCUGUAUCGAUAAACGUUAUUUCUGGAGGCUUCCGCCGGUGGUGUGGUCACAACCUCUGGAAGUAGGAUAUUUCGUACACCAGUACCCAUAUCGAGAGAGGAAAUUUCAUCCAGCCUCUCCCAAGAAAGGGGACUUUUGACAGACAACCUCGAGAGUCUGGUUUAGUUUGUCAAUUGAACGAAUUCGUCAAGUGUUGGGAACGAAUACAAUAGACACACGAUGCGAAAGGCGUGUUUCACGUACAUGUAGUGAAAUUCAAUUUCUGCUGGGCUAUAGAGAUGCCUCAGAGACUGUUAAAGAAGUGGUUUUCUUUCCAUCUGGGUAUGUCCCCACUGACUCCCACGGUUGCAGCUUUGUGCGAGAGACACUGAUAAAGCAUUCUAUUGAAGGCCCUUCUGGAGUCAAUAAAGGCGACCCGGAUCAGUUAUCCAUAUCACAAUGCUCAAAUGAAACUCUGUACAAGCAUACAAUGUGUCUGUCUAGAAAUCGUGUUCGACGUUGGUCAACAGGUUGUGGAGCUCGACUAAGAUCAUAAGCUUAUUCUUUAUGAUCGCCCGAAUGACUUUUCACGAGACAUAUCUCGAACUCAUGGAUGCGCUGUUUGUACUCGAUGCACAUCUCUAGUCCUUAUGAAGAAGGACGUAAUGCGCGCUAUCCUCGAAAGUAGCGAAGAAUUCAAACAUCAAAUCAGCCUUUUAAUGGUGUUCAAGAGGCCUUUGGAGUUUUGCACAAAAUGAUCCUUGAGGAGUUUAGGUGGAUACUCGGACUUACGAGGAGAUUGUGUCUCUCUGAAUCACUCUGCAGUCCUUUGGUCGGAGAAUAAACUGGUUCCCACGAAUGAAAUCCAUAUGCUCUCAGAGGUGGAUUUGAAUGAAUAUUUGUGAAAGCGAAUUCACGUAUCCUCUAACCAAUACUAGCGCAGCUUUUAAUGCUUUCCCUUUCACAUACUGCAAGAAACAGAGGGUUUGUGGAAUUUUGCUAAAAUGACCAACUUCGCCGAAUUUGUUAAGUGUGGCUGCGUGACAUAAUAGCAGAUGUUUACCAUCUCGAAAGGAGUUGCGUCCCAAAAGCAGGAUGAAGAUGUUGGGCAUUGUGUAAGAGGUGCCGAAAAGUAAUAUUGUCUUUUUUGUUUUUAUUUAAUUGUUGUUUAAGAAGUGUUUAUGCCUGCCCCAUUUGAAAUACAUUUCUUUUUAAGUCAUAUAGGUCUUGUUCGUUAGAUUUUUAUGUGAAUUUCGUUUUUCAACCGUUGCCUAGCGAAAUGGGAUAUGUAAAUCCGUCAUUGUAUCCUGUAUGGGCUUCGUGUGGAAAAAAACGCAACAACAGUCGCUAAAACAAUGUGUCAUGUUCACCGGAAUGCUUUAGUUGUCCGCAAAUGCCAGCGUUGCUUCGCGAAAUUCCGAUCGAGCGAUUUCAGCCUCUCCUAUGUCCAUUGUUUGGGAAGGCCAGUGGAGCUGGAUAAUGACCUUUUUCACACAACCGCUGCAGCAGAUCUUAAUCAGGCCAUGGACGAAUUAUCCGAAAAAAAUAAAUUCUUCUUGGUCUACUGUUCAGGAGCACCUCAAGCAGGUAGAGGAUGUCAGUAGGCAAGGAGUUUUAGUCGUACGCCAUCUUUCGAUAAAAUACAACGCCCAGCGUGCCACAGUCUGUGACAUUUUUCUAGACAGUUUCCCACCGGAUUGUCAUAAGAGAUGAGAAGUGGAUGCUUUAUGUUAAAAGCCAUCGCAGGCACCACUGACUUUCCACAGGUCAGACACCAAUUCGUAUGCCGAAAUCAGGCUCAUGCCCCAAGAAAGUCUUGCAGUGUGUUUGGUGAAGAAUGGUGGGCAUACUUCACUUUGACCUACUGGAACAAGGUCAGACCGUGGCAGCAGACCUUUCUUGUCAACAAUUAAAACUGUUAGACAUCCAGAGAUAAUCAGUAGGAAAGGUGUCAUUCUGCCGCACGACAACGCAAGACUGUAUUCAAACCGACAGACCUAGAACAUGACCCGAAAUGUACAGUGAAAACUUUUGUCCCAUUCAUCCUAUUCACCUGAUUGUGCACCGGCUGACUGUCGUUUGUUCCGAUCUCUGUAGCACUUCCUGGACAGGAAAACUAUUCGAAGCAUCGGUGAUGUCAAAACUGGAUUCUUUAAACUCUACAUCAAAAUAAACUUCCUUUCGUAAAAGGGGGCAUUGAAAACUUAAUUUCAAGAUGGGCGCCCGUGGUUGUAACGAUGGUGGUUAUAUAACUAAUUAAAAAAUGACACGUUUUCCGGUAAACACUUCUCGUCAUUUAUUAAAUAAACGACAUUCCUUUCCUGUGCUCCCCCCCCUUUCCUAAUACUUUCAAAAAUGAAACCGUGUUCCUAUGCCCCUACUCCUGGUUAGUUUCUAAUAUCGAAACAAAAGGGUCUACUUGUCCAUUUCAGUAGCCUGGUUUUAUUUUUAUAUUUCAGCAAACAGUCACUCCCUUGAUUGCCUACUUAAAUCAACGGCUGGAGCGGCGUAAACGCCACGCCGCUGAGGACGCGAAGUCUGGUGGAGGUCAAAAAGGCGGUGCUGCCAAGUCCGCUGUUGGCUUCCGUUCUUCUGCUGCGGGGAAAUCCAAUCGUGUUCAGGUGGCUUCACGUCGUUUGGCGGAAUUAGGGCGGAGACGUACUAACUCGCGCUCUUCGCCCCAGGUGGUGGUGGUGACCUCUACGGCCGGUUCCGGCAACAGAGACGUCUCCGUCAAGGGCGACUCUCAGCGCAAGCUAUCGGAGACCUCCAGCAUAGGUGAGACCUGCCUUUCCUGUCUGCUCUAUUGUCGCUAAGGUUUCACUCCGACCGUGUGUUAGAGUGGUCAGUCGUGCUUGGACACCACCACAAACUUCUCACAUGUCUUAAAAAGUUAUAGGCUUGUGAUUUUACUCAACGCUCACAUGGUAUAGUCGGAAAUUUUAAAAUUUGGUACACUUAUCAUUUCAUUGCGGUAAAUGAGCCAUUCUCUCACGGCCAUGAGACAGAGUUUAAUUGCAAGUCCUCUCCGCCUCCCUCGAAAGCACCCAGCGGGUCACGUCGUACUGAAUUUCUGCGGGACAUUAACUUCCUUCAGAAUGUGCAACUUGUUGGAGGUCUUGGCGUGCAUAUUUCCGUUCUUAUCAGGCCGUUAGAUUCGGUAGUUAAUCCGGCCUUUGGGGAGGUGGGAGGGUUAGUUAUAAGACCCCUAUUUCCCCAAUCGUCUGUUGCUUGAUUUGCUGUCGUUUAUGGAGUAGAAAUCCGACCUACUCUAUCGUGUGAGACCUUUCAUGCUUCAUUCACUUUUGUAGGCGGUAAGCGUAACACGGACGUCGGAGGGAAACCAGGCGAAAAGAUGGGCAGCAAUCGACCUGCUCGCAAAACUCGACGCCGCGUUAGUGGCCCUGAAACGUCAACUGCAGCGACUGAACUCGCCACCUCCACUGCCGGCGUGGAUGAAGCUGCGCGGAGCGGCGGAUCUCAUCCGGAGCCUGAGGAAUCAGACGACAGGCCUCACCAACGACAACGACGAGAAAAAGUCAAACCGCGUCUCAAGACGGGCAGCAAGCCAGAAUCAGCCGGUGACCAGCAGGCAGCGGACUCUGGCGGAAGGCAGUGGGGAACCACUCAGCGAGCACAGAACUUCCACAGUGAGGGUCGGUUUUCCAAUGAUCCCGGCGAUGUCGGUGGUGCCGACGAGGGUGGUGGAGGCUACCCAGAACCCAGUCGGGGACGAGGCCGCUUCACCGCAUCUCGCGGACGCCGAGGUGGUGGCGGUGGACGAUCUCAGCAUCCUCCUGAAUUUCCAUCUAGGUGUGUUUUUCAGCAGUCCCCGCUUGGACACUUUUGGAUUCCAUUUCUGGCCGCCAAUUGCGUACUGAUUUCUUGGGAUUUCGAAAAAAAACUAGGUUGACUAUGGGCAGAACAACGCCAAAUUUCACGGAAAAUUUCUUAAUUGCCCGUUUAGAAGAACUAGUGUUACUGUAAGAUGGCUUUAUUUCACUACUCCUUUUUAUUUCUCAAAAGUCGCCUAAUUACUCAAAUUCCCGUGGGACCAAAAAGUUCAUUUCAUCACCUCGCUCCAAAGUUAUUAGAGAAAUGAAAUUUGAGCUUGCAAAAGCAAAGACAGGUGAUUUCGCCAGCGUUAGAAGAUACCGCACUAGCAGCACAGGUACUGGCUAGUGUGGUAUCUUCUAACGCUAAAAGUAUACUACUAGCUGCCUGUCGGCGGUUAAGGAAUAAUACUACGCAGUUAUCCCGCUCCGACUGAUGGACUUCGGCCCAAAUAUUCAUGCACCAAAUUUCGGUCUGCGCCUAUAGACCUUGGUAUAAACUGAUCUACUCCAAGUUAGCAGUUAAUUUCUGAGGAAAUUAAAAAGCAACAAAGACAGUUAGGCUACACUUUCCACACAAAGGUCCCUUCACUACCCUCCUGCCGAGCAUGCAGUAACGCAGCUUUGUCUGGAGAUUUGGGCGGUGUCUCUGUUAGAGCUCUAGUUAACCGCCUGUAUGUGAAUCAGACCUCUUCUCCUUUUCCGAGUACUUUUAAUCAUGACCAUGUUUUUAUUAACGACUCGAGUUCUUCCAUAAUGCGGCCGACACUGGGGAGUUCAUCCCCACAGAAAACCAGCGCUUUCCCCACUACAAUAAGUCUGAUGCGCCUGCGUAUGUCUAUCGCGAUUUAAAAUCUCCAUAAGGAAAUUAGUCGCUAUCAGUGAACAGCGAAAUUUGCUUUUGGAGCGUGAAUCAAUCUGGUCAGUACUGUCACGACUCUCUUCUCUUUGUUUUUCAUGUGCACUUUUAGUUAGAACACAUAUUAGACCUUUGGGUCCCCGCAUCAGAUGACUGGUGGAGUCGAACGGCAACUUACUGCCUGGGGGAUGAGGGCGUGAGGUCGACUCAGGGGACUCCAUCCUCGUGCAAAUUUUUACUUCAACCAAUCUGACGCUCUUUUAGCCUAUCAGGGUGCGCUAAAAGCAGUGACUUGGAAGGCUGCCAACUGACGGGAUGACUUGGUCCUCUCAAGAUGGAGAGGCAGGCUGCAAUGGCUCCUUCCUUCUGUGGCUUCUAUGUCUCUCCCACUCACUUGGGGUUCGCGACACGCACUAGGAGUCAUAACUGUGGGGGGAGGCUGCCAACUGACGAGACAAUUUGAUCUACCUCUCGGGACUGAGAGUCAGGCUGCACUGAUCCCCCGUGGCCUCCAUGGCAUUCUCACAUGUUUGAGAUCCAACUCACCCUUACGCAGGCCAAGUACAGAUAGAGCGAGGUACUCGCUGAUGAGCUGUUUAGCUCCGCGCCCACCUGCGGUCUGCUCCCACGCAAGUCACCGGUGCUGCGUCCAUUGCGUGGUGCAUACGGCAGACAUAGUCGUUGCUUGCGACGAUCUAACUGUCGGGUCCUCCCACAUUGGUGAACUUCAGGUCCCACUCUUCUGUCUUGUACGCCACUUCAACUUGUCAAGCAAAAUGACAACCAUUGCCAGAGAUUCUUAAAGUACCAUAGCGACAAUGUAGACGUGUCCCCCCCUUCAGGGAACUUCCAUUUGUGCAACAGUGACUCCUUUUAAACUCAUUCUUAAAAUUAUUUAACCCACAUAGCCCAACGCGAAUGCACAUCGCUGGCUAUUCCCCCGCAGACACGGAAGAACCCCUUGUCACUGUCGUGGUUUACCAUUCAUUUAGUUUGUCUCAGCAACGACGAUGACUUCACGAAGCACAAUAAUGGGAAAUUGACACGUCUUAGUAGAUUCAGCAGACGGUCUAAUACCACCUUGAAGGCUCGUCGUGCGGUGAUGGUGCCCAACAGCUAAACAUCUAAGCCUCUGAGGGAGGUUUAAAACCUCACUUGGUGGAUCUCACUGAUCUUUAAGAUUCGCCUUUCGAUCUCAUGGGAGCUGCUAAGGCCCAGCUGUAGGCUACGAUUUGCUCUACCUUGACCUUGUCAAAUACAAGUUGGCCGAGGAAUGGAUGCGUAAUCGCAUCCCCAUCGCUAAUCAAAGCUGUUAAGCCCAUACUACAAGUAGUUCCCGCAUUUCCAUUUGCAACCUAAACCCAAAUUUUUAUGGCGACGAUGUAGUGUCUUCUUUAGGUCAGUGGUACAAAACUGGUAAAAAUGGGUUCCCUCAUAUUUAAGACCAUCCUUUGCCAAUCGUGGCUGGUUGUUAGCUGCAGGCAGCGAGGGCGCGGUGAUACUAUUCGCCAGUUAGGACAUUUUGCGCGUUAUCAAUCACACUGCCCCCCCCCUUUCACACCAACUGUGUUUUGAUGGCGGCACAAGGUUAAGACGGCCAAAGAUGGGUGUGUUCGCGGUGGCUGGCAGGACUGAGUCUGCUUCUGCGCGUGGCACACGCACACGGCCGGACUCCUUCGAACUCAGGUAUUGCCUAAGUAAUGUGUGUACUAAAGGCCACAUUAAAAAGGAGCCAUUGAAACCUGACCCUCGGUUCGGAGGAGGGGGAGCAGGCUAUGUCCCAUGUUUGCCAAUUUUCCAAACUACAGCAUUUAGCGCUUUAAAUUGGCUAUAACGAAGAAGCCGAGGGAGCCUAGCCGAUCUCACUCCCCCAUCCCCUUUAUAGACCAAGGGCAAGCCCAAGUACACCCGACUAGAUGUAACGAGAUCGGAUGCAGUGACUGGCGCCUGCCACUCGCAAAUCUGGCCCAUGUUUACUUGGGUUGUGUUUAGGGCUUAGGUGGAGAGUAAGAGUCCAGGGUCAGUGGUAUGGUAAAGGCGUGUAGCAUCCUAGGGUUAAAAGGUAGGUGUAGUAUGUUUUGCUCAAAUCCCCCAGUCCCAGUCUUAUUGCAAUAAAGUUUAUUAAACGUCCUCGGUAUGGCAAAAGCUGUUUUUCCGAGAUUAACGGUUACACAUAAACCUAUUUGUUAACAUCUAAGCUCAAUUAUACCAUAAUCUUCAGGGGAGUUUACUUCCCAAUGGUAAGGCGUAGUUCUGGUGAUAUUUCCCUGCGAUUUUAAUCCUCCGCUCUUCUUUAAUUUAAAUCAAAUUCCCAGACACUGUUUAAAUCAUCGGGUUAUGAACAGACGAGUAGGUACUUUUUAGUUGUUUGAACCGGCCUUUGUAGCUCUCUGUUGGCCAACAGUCCUACUUUAUCGAUUCCUCUAUUAGGCUGUGGUUUCUGUCCAAAAGGCCGUUGUUUCCUCUAACCCUGCUACUAGAUAAAUUUGUUUGUUUAGUCCACCUAAACAGUUGCCCUUUCUAGUGUACAAGCAUUUGUUCACUUUGCUUCUCUUCCAGGCACGAGAAGGGAGCCCUGGAAGGCGACGACCAAGAGGCCCCUGCUAGGGACUCGCAGCCCCCUCCACCCAGAGGGGGGGGACCACCUGGCCGGGGUUACCGCGGCGGCCCACGAUCCUUCACAGCGAGCCCGAGAGGUCGUGGUGGCGGUGGCCAUCGGCCAUAA